CCUUUGCCUCCGAACAAGGUCGAUCGCUACACUGGAGUGCCGUGCACCCAGCUCCUCCUCGGCAUCUUCGACGAGGGCUCAGGCGCGCCCUCGCGACGGGUGGGACCAUGACGACUCCACCUUGGCACGGGUAUUCGGGCAGGUGUUUUAAUGUCGUAUUUCACCACCCAGAGGGAGGCGGGCACACCACUGCGGCGGGCCAGAAAAUGUACCACGUGCGAGGGAGCUGUUCGUUUGAGCUGCAGCCAAGGACCCAAGGCGAUGGUACAUCAGACUUGCCAGAUGGCAGCCUUUUGUCGGACGAAGAACACCAAGCGGAAGAAAACACGAGGGACUGAGAAGAGGACGCAGUACAGCAACAGGAAGGAGGCUGCGGUGGUCGCGGAGCUGCGAGAGCUGGAGGCCGAUCACGCCGACAAGAUCUGGCAUGUUCACGGCGUGUCGUGUCAGCAGUUCCUGGCAAGGAAGACCGGCAUUCCCCAACCAAACAUCUGCAAGUGGAACGGUGACGCGGAGAAGCUGAUCGCAGCCGCGGCCAAUGACUUGAAGAAUGACCUUUUCAAGACUGGCAUCGAGAGGAGGUGGUUCGGAGACGCAGAGAAAGCUGCACUCGACUCGCUGCUGCUGCAACCGCGCAAGAGGAAGCUCGGAGUGUCGACAGCCUGGAUUCGAGUCAACGCGAGAAAGCUCGUGAUGGAAAUGUAUCCGGACGACCCGCGUGCAAAGAGCUUCUCAGCGUCGGACCGGUGGUGCAGGAAGUUCGCGAAGCGCCACCAUCCCUCGAAACGAAGACGCACAAACAUGAAGAACAAGUCGGUGGAGGACCGUCUUCCGCAGAUGAAGAGCUUCCACAGGAGGCUGCGCCAGCUGCUGCAGGAACCACCCGUUCGCCGGGCCGCUGCUGGGGGCGAGGCCGAGAACAACGGCGCAGCGAUCGUUCCUGUGAAAUCGCCCCUCUACGGGCGCUUCAGCCUGGAUGCGCGUUUCACCGUCGACCAGGUUGGGCUCGCAUUCGUCAACGGCCUCGACUCGACAUGGGACGAGACGGGAGCUUUGCGAUGCACCGUCAACUGUUGCAUCGGAGCUGGCGACAAGUUGAUGCGGACCGCGGUCAUUUUCCGCGGCGAAGGCAAAGUCUUGGCGGUGGAGAAGGCGGCGUACGAUCCCGGCGUGGACGUGCUCUUCCAGGAGAACGCGUGGAUGGACGGCCCAACGUGCAUGGCGUGGGCAAAAAACAGCUUCCUACGCAGCAUCACGGGGGAGGAAGGUGUCGUUCCAGAGGAGCAGCCCAUCCUUUUCGCGGACAACCUGCACGCGCAGACAACGGACGAGUUCAACAAAUCCCUUCACGGCGAGUGCAACACGCUGCUACGGCUACUUCACCCCAAGUUGACCGACGAACUCCAACCGGUCGAUACCGGUUAUGGACGCCUCCUCACAGUCGAAGUCGCUGGUGCAAGGCGAAUCCUUUUCACGCGAUUCAUUGCAAGGGAGGUCGCGCGAAUGGACGCUCGGCCUGGGUACCGCCAUCGCCUGUUCGAGAAGGCCGGACUGGCGAUGACGGCAGACGGGUCGUUGGACGACCGCAUCACUCCGGAGGGUGUAGUUGGGGCGUACAACUUCAUGGACGGGGGCACGAGCAGUGACGAGGAGAUGCCCGACCAGGAUGAUGAGGUCGGCGACGACGAUUGGGGGGCGGGCGGUGGCGAAUCAAGCUGCGACAGCGACGCAAUCUCAAAUGAUGGUGGCGAAUAUGUUGCUUAG